AUGACUGUAGAGCAAAACAUCUCUCUACCCCCUGGUUCUAACCAGGACUCAGCAGUAACCUCGUGCCAGACUCUCCUCAAACAGUCUCCCGCUACGUCUACGGGUGUUUAUUGGAUCGAUCCUGAUGGAGGAUCCAAGGCCAACGCUUUCAAGGCUUACUGUGACAUGGAAACGAAUAGAGGGGGCUGGACAUUAGUAUGGAGCUAUUCCUUUACUAACUACACUCAUUUUAACGAUGAUUCUAAUGCGAUCACUCCUAGUCCAAAUUGGCCGGCCAAAAAUGAAGUGAAUGUUCCUGUCUCCACAAUUUCUCCAUUAAAUGAAACAGACUACAACGCCAUGAACUUCUCACUCUGGAAAAAACUUGGUAGACAGUUCCUCAUCAAAAGCAACAUAAACAACUGGCUGAUGUGUCAACCGAUAACUGGCAGCUUGGUUGAUUGGCAGAAAGGUGACGUCAACUGUACAAUCACCAAAUACGUGGCUGAUCCUAGAGAAUCAGCUUCGGCGCCUUCCAAGUUUUCACCAUAUAUCAACUAUGGACCAAUGUUCCAUUCGAUUGGGCGCUGGGAGAGCAACUUUUAUUAUUUUAAUGGUUACACGGGCAAAAAUUGGCCUACCCACGAUCCUUGUGGAAGAAAUGAGCCCAACCAAAAGAAAAAUGUUCUUGAUCCACACGGUAACAUUUUUAUUCGAGCCGAGUAGCAAAGAUAGACAAUGACAAACCUUUACACACGUAUCUUCUAGAGUUGGUUAACUUAUCUGCACAAAAUCAUUACAUUACCUUGAAAACGUGUGACGAGAAUCAUCAUCAGGACUUUGAGGGUAUUAAACUGAUAUAACUCUAAAUUCUUCUAUCGUAAUUACUGAGAAAACCCCAUUAGAAGGGAGAAUUUCGGAUCAGAUCUUGGAGGCUGAAGGUUCAAGCGUGUAUCACUCUCGUAAGAUGACAACAGGCAAAGCACCAGUUACACUCAUCAUGAGAGAUCGGGAGAUUAUCUUUCAGAAUGUUUUUUUUCCAAUGGAAUUUUAGGUAAUUCAAAUCACUUCGCGAAACUUUGACUUGAUUAGGUGCUAGUUUCUUCUUUAUUGUUGUACAAAUUUAAGCUCUCAAUGUUUUUAAUCAUGACUACUUUUGCCGCUGAUGUUUACAAAACUCGUGCCAACCACUAAACUAGAUAGUGCAAUCAGCUAGAGCAAUUUUUAGAAUAAAAUGAAUAAAUAAGAUUCACUUAGGGAAGCCUGGAUCAAUUACCCCAUUAAAUAAUUGUCGCCACGGGGUUUUUUUUCUUUUCAUAUUUCCAUGGAAAGGCCAGGAGUAAAGGGGUUGAGUAAUGAGCAUUAAUCAAUAGUAAAAACAUAUAACGGAGUUUUGAAAAUGGUGUACUGCGUGGAAACUGAGUUUUCCUUUUUAUGCUAACUACCUUUGAAAUGCUAAUAAAACAACUUUUACUUCAUGUUAAGACCAUAGUGUUUGCUAUUACUCAUUCUGCAUUUAUAAACCUUAAUUGAUAUAUUUCAGGAGCUUUCCAAAACCACUUUGAGUUUUUUUUUUGGUAAUUGAGUACAGCCACCUGACCAAAUAAAUUCUCGUUAGAUUUCUGGAUAUCAAUGUCGCCACUUUUUUUUUUUUUAUAUUUCCAUAGAAAGGCCAGGAGCAUUAAGUAAUAUUAAAAACAUGUAACGGAGUUUCAAAAUUGUGACUGCGUGGAAACUUAGUUUGCCCUUUAGGCUAACUACCUUCGAAAUGCUAAUAAAAACAACUUGCAUUUCAUGUUAAGACCAUAGUGUUUGCUAUGACUUAUUCUGCAUUAAUAAACCGUAAUUGAUAUAUUUCAGAAGCUUUCCAAAACCACUUUGAGUUUUUUUGGCAAUUGAGUACAGCCACCUGAUCAAAUCAAUUCUCGUUAGAUUUCAGGAUAUUAUUACAGGUUUUUUUUGCCUUUUAUGAUUGUUUUUUUUAGACACAUUGGGUAAAAAAGGCAAAUUAAAGCUGAUAUGUAUUUCAAGGUUUUGAAUAACCCGUUCUGAACUUCUGAACACUCAAUCUUAUUUCCAGAAAGUCAUACACCCAUACUUUCUCCGAUCCCCGAGAGAAUGAUAAGUAAUGACAAAUAAAACAGAGCAUAAAAUCCUUUUAGGUUGUACUCGAAUGCAUUACGUUUAUUUUUGUUUGACAAACAAAACUCGAUAAAAUUACGAGGAGUAAAGAUCUGCUCCCAAUGUGCCUUUUCCCAUCGAUGAUGGCUUUAAUGUUUGUAAGUGACUUCUCCUCAAAGUCAUGUAAUGUAUUAAGCAAUAAUCCAACAGAGUCCUCCUAAUUUGAUUGUUCUUUGGUAUUCUAUCAUAUCAUUUUAAUUUCCUUUCUUGCAGAUCUUUGCGUGGGACGUAUAUGCUCUCAUAUUGGCUUUUUCGGUAACACCAAAGAUAUCUGCAGAAGAAGAUCAGGGCAUGUUCUUUCGCAUAGAAGAAAAUGCUUUUCUUAACAAUGAAAAUGCUCUUCUAAGUGAAAAGGCUGACUCUAUAUUGACCUGUGCUCAAAUGUGUAGGAGAGAAGCUGCUUGUAAAGGAGCAAAUUUCUUGGCAAACAAAGGCACCUGUUCGCUUUUUAACGAAGGACAACAGGCAAGGAAGAUGGAGAGAUUUGUAAAACGGAAUGGUUCUUUCUAUAUUGAAAAGGUAAAUCGAGAACUUUCGAGAUUUUUCCGUUACCAUUUUGUGUUACAAUUUCUUUUUUUAUUCAGUGCGAUCACAAAUGGAUGAAACUUUCUUUUGAGAGCCAGAUAUUUUGGGCAAAGCUGUGCGGUUGUUGCUGUUGUUUUUUUUCAUUUUAUUGUUUUCUUUCACAUGUUUAUGUUUCAAUGUAGUUUUCAUAAUCCUUUUCUAAAGGCUCGACUGGAAAUUCUAUGUUCUAAUGUCGGAAAUCUACGUAAGAGACUCGAUCGGGCGUUUAAAGUAAUUUGCGCUUAGAGGCCCAUUUCCAACUUUGAUGCAACGCGCGCCGCGCCCUAGUUUCCUGUAACACGAAAUUCUCAGAUCACUGAAAACCUUCUAAAAUCGCCUUUCUCAAGAGCCAUCCUGGACAUAUAGUCAACUGUUUUACGGUAAAUACAUUCGCUGUUCAUUAUUUACAGUUUCUUUACAGUAUUUUUAAUUUUGUCCAGAAGAUGUUUUUUAAGUGGCACGCUUGGAUCUCUUCGUACUCUGUGAACAGAGUCGGCGAAAAGGACAACGUUUAAAUUUUUUCACUUUCUGGAAGCGCUAGAGGAUUCUAAAUAAAGAUAAAAUAUUUCCAAAAGAAAUUGGUAUUUUUCAAAGAGAAAUAUGAAAAAAUAUCAGACUGCCGGACCUUUAGUUAUUCGAAAACCGUGUCCGGUAGUGUCCGGUGUAAAUUUUCUUCGUGUCGCGCUUGGAUCUGUGUACAAGGUCAGCGAAACGGAUAACGUUGGCAUUUUUUCACCUUCUAGAAGCGCUUGAGGAUUGUAAAUGACGGUAGAAUAUUUUCCGAAGAAAAAUUGGUAUAUUUCAAAAAGAAAUGUGGAGUUGUUUGAGGACCGAGUCCAGCCGUGUCGAGCGCUUGGAUGGCUUCCUACUCUGUAUAAAGGGGUUAGCGAGGAACAUCAAGUUCGAAAUUUUAGGCUGCCUGGAAGCGCUUGAGGAUUAUAAAUAAAAGUAGAACAUUUUCCUAUAAAUAUUUUUUGGAUUUCGAAGAGAAAUAUGGAAAAAUAUCGUACUGCAAGACGUUUGAUUAUUUUAAGUUUAGUCACUUCAUUGCAGGAACGUCAGCGACACUGACAGUUUGCGUUACAAUUCUUAUUUGCUCUUUUGCAUGGAAAACAACCUCGACCACUCUUUCGAACGCAAGUUCCUCUCCACGAGCAGGAAACUUCAACUAACCCUUGGUCCUAUUUAACAAGUAUGGCAAACUUCAAUUAAAAAAAAAAUUGAUGAAUGAAUGAAAACGUGGUGGCGUUCAACAUUUUCACCUUCUUCAGAAUGCUCGCAAGGAUUUUCGCGUUCCUCUUUAGCAACAACCGAUCCAUAAGCGUUUACUGCCUCGGAAUCUACCAAAUCAAUGGAUUCAUCUGAUUCCAUACCGAAUUAAAACGUAUAGAACUGUUUUAAACAGAAUUAUUAUGAUAAGUUCUUCAAAUUCAUCGGAGAAAACGCAGAAGGCAUUUUGAGACGUGACAAGGUAAAAAUAACUGACCAAUCAGAGGCGCUAUUUAAACAAAAGCGGUGGUUCAAAACAAAAACAAACGACCGCGUUGUAUCAAGGUUGGAAAUAAGCCUUUAGCAUGAAAAAAGCUGAAAUAUGAGAGGGUAUUUGUGGAGUAACGUGAAUGGAUUGAGAUGAGACCUUAUUAAAAAAGUUAAGACGACACGACCCAUAGAAGCUCGUCUUAACAUCAAGAUCAUAAUUCAAAAGCAUAUGAAACGUUCGUUUAGUGGCAGAAGUCACUAACAAGUAAGACCACAGUCGCCCAAAGAGCCUUCAACACUUUCGUUCACAUGCGCAUGACGCGAAGUACGGGUACUAACUGAAUGUCUUGUUUAACUCCAAUUCAGGUCGACCUGACUGGCUCACCCCAAGGUGAAAGUUACGCUUAUGAAAAUUAUUACAUAUAUGUAAUGGAUAAAUAUUGAUGCACCAAGAUAAACUUGAAUUUUCAAGUUCUUCAUUUAUACCACGUUUUGGUGUCAUCCAUCCUCUGCCCUCUCUUCCAUUAUCCUUCCUGGCCUAUUGCUACCAGUUUUAGGUUUUCUGAAUACUUUACCUAAUUUUCGAUCGUCAUUAAAAUAAGAUACAAAGAAAUUAGGACAUGUAUCUAGCCAAGUAGAAUGGUUUCGAAUGUCCUCGUGGUCGUACGUUCACCGAUAAAAUCAUUUAUUUACAAGGUUAAUAGUGAAGAAAUGAUUGAGUUUGAAACCUAAUUAUCUAAGACAGCUCAACGGAAUCAUAAAAAAGAGGGAAAAAAAAUCCAAGUUAGAGCGCAUGUCAGGAAACGUUGGCCCAGCGUUAAAGUUAAUAUCGUUUUGAAUUGCUCAGUAACAUAAUACUGGUUCUUUGUUUGAUGAUCGUAACUAAAUUUGGGUCGCCAGCUCCAAUAGAGGAUACUUUAUAAGACUCGCUUUCAAUGAUGAAAUUAUUUUUCUAAUCUUCAACUUUAUGAUUGUAGACCAAAACACUUCUUCAACCCCUGGUUCUAACCAGCACUCAGCAGUAACCUCGUGCCAGACUCUCCUCAAACAAUCUCCCGCUACGUCCACGGGUGUUUAUUGGAUCGAUCCUGAUGAUGGAUCCCGGGCCAACGCUUUCAAAGCUUACUGUGACAUGGAUACUGAUGGAGGGGGCUGGACCCUUGUAUGGAGCUAUUCCUUCACUAACUACAAUCAUUUUAAAGAUGAUUCAAACGCGGUCACUCCAAUACCAAAUUGGCUGGUUACGAAUAGGGUGAAUGUUCCUGUCUCCACAACUCCUCCAUUAAAUGAAACAGACUAUAAUGCCAUAAACUUCUCACUUUGGAAACAACUUGGCAGACAGGUCCUCAUCAAGAGCAACAUAAACAACUGGCUGGUGUGUCAGCCGGUAACUGGCAGUUUGGUUGAUUGGCAGAAUGGUGACGUCAACUGUAAAAUCACCAAAUACGUGGCUGAUCGUAGUGAAUCAGCUUCGGCGCCUUCCAAGUUUUUACCAAACGCCAACUUUGGACCAAUGUUCUAUUCGAGUGGGCGCUGGAACAGCACCUUUUACUAUUUCAAUAGUUACACGGCCAAAAAUUGGCCUACCCAUGAUCCUCUGGGAAGAAAUAAGCCCAACCAAAAGAAAAAUGUUCUUGAUCCACAUGGUAACAUUUUUAUUCGAGCCAAGUAGCAAGGACAGACAAUGACAAACCUUUAAACACGUAUCUCCCAUAGCUGGUUAACUUAUCUGCACAAAAUCAUUGCAUUACCUUGAAAAAAAAUGACGAGAAUCAUCUGGAGGACCUAGAGGGUCUUAAACUGAUAUAACUCUAAGUUAUCCUAUCGUAUUUACUGAGAAAAACCCCACCAGAAUUCGAAGGGAAAAUUUAGGAUCAGAUUUUGGAGGCUGAAGGUUCAAGCUUGGUUCACUCUCGUAAGAUGAGAACAAGCAAAGCACCAGUUACACUCAUCAUGUGAAGUCGGGGGAUUACCUUUUUUGACGUCCUCUGUGAUCUAUUACUGAACAGACGCACGGCAACUUGGAAUCCAUUUGUUUUAUAUAAUAAAGAAUUAAAAAAAGUUUUAAUGAUGACGUCAUCUAUACGUCUGUCCUCCAAUAGAUCAUAAGUGAAAACUUCAGCAGCUGAUCGGCUUUUACAGCGAGAUGGUUCUUUCUAUUUAAGAAAGGUAUUUGGCGUUAAUAAUAUGGCACGGUUCUCAGAUUAUAACUCAAGAUAAUUGAUGCAGUUAAAUUACCUUUCCCUCCCGUCAAAAGGUUAUUUUUGUUUUUCACAGCGAAAACGAUUUCUUUUCCGAACAUCAUUUCAUGAAAAAAAACUUCGCACAAUUUAAUUUCAGUUCAGCAAAACUACGAAAAGGAAUCGGGAUUUAAAUCAGCAGUGCGUCGUAAGUAAAUCAAAGUGCUCUGUGAGCAAACUCGUGAAUUGACACAUGAUUUUGACACAUGAUGUUUAAUGUUAUCUGGUUUAGGAAAUUUGGUGGUUGAUUGUCAUAUCUAGAGUACGAGCAGUAGUUCAGUAUUCGCUAAUGUAGCAAAGAAACAAGGUAACGUUGGGAUAAGAAGGCAUUACAAUUGAAAUGAUCAUGCUAUUACAUUUGACAAGGUGGAUGAUGUCAUGUGUUUUAAACGUCUAUCAUUUUCUUUUCUGGUUCAAAAGAAAAGGUUGGAAGUAAAUGUGGGUGAAAAGUGAAAUUUACUGUCUUUCAUUGUAAAUAUUAGAAAAUCAAGGCAAUACUGUCUUAAUGAAAACAUUAACGAUUCCCUCUUUAUCAAAUCAGACAAACUGGAACGAGUUUUGAGUGAUAUAACUAAGCCAAGCCUGCCACCGUCAUUUUGGAUCUCCGCCUGGGUAGAUUUAAGUCACGUGCUAGGCAACGUAUAAUCAAUAACAAGAUAGAAUUUCAUUUCAGGCCUAUUUAUCAAUUUUGUGGUGUGUAACUUUCGCAUUUUAGUACGUUGUAUGUAUGUUGAAUCUUCAAAUUGUCUUGAAACUUAAAAGAAAAUUGUUCUUUAAAAAUUCACUGAAAAUCGGUAGCUAAAAUUGUUUGUUUAGGUGUUAUCUGAUUUUCGUGUUAACUUGUAAUUUCGUCAGUCGCCGGCAUCUUUUGUUGCUUCACACAGGAAAAAAACACACGCGACGAAACGUAAUGAUCAAUUUUGUCCUCAAUCUCACGCCAUAACAGAAAAAGCUUUUGAACAUCUGUAAACUCCGAGCGCUUCGCAGUAAGUAAUAUUUUCAAUGAGUCUUCGGAUUGUUUUCGAGUUCAAGGAUUGUAAAUUACAAUUUUAUGAAAACGAAGGUUGUUCUGUUAUUUCAGUGUGAAUCCUUGCAUGCCUGCCAGUCGCUGGCGCCGCUUGUUGAAACUAAACGAAAAAAAAAAAAAAACUCUUUUAAGAUUAUCAUUGGCUUUCUUUUUCACCCCACCACUAUUCUUAGCAACAAAGGUCGCCAUUUCUUCUGUUUACUGUUCGCUAAAAACUAUCAAAUGCACUCAAAAGCCUAAAAUCUAAAAAAAGUUUACAGGAAUCGACCAAUCGAGCGAGCGAGCGAAUGCCAUUCCCCACAUGGUACCUAUAACUCGCUCUUGCGCAUGCGCGCAAUUCACGAGUUAAAAAGGGAAACUAUUUUAAUUAAAAUCGCGUGAGCGCAUAUUUAUAAGAUGAGCGCGCUCGGAGAAUUUGGUAUUGGAUCAACUAAUAAUCUCCUAAUUUAUUUUUAUUUUCAUUUUCAUCACUUGUCAGCUUGAUAUUGUAUUGGAAUUAUAAGGUGAAGUUCUCUCCUGGUCAGUUGUAAAAGUUUAAUAGUUGAUAAUUCCGUCUACAUGCAUGGACAUGGCAUGCAGUAACUGAGGUGUAUUACAUAAUUCCAAUACAGAUCCUCUUCCCAGAAAUAACCAGUCCCCACCCAAGUGAGAGCUACAAAUUAUUGUCUUGAUCCACGUGAUAUACUUUAGCCUUUUAAAUUUUCCGAUUUCCAUCGCUUUUGGCGUCAACUAUUUUUUAACCAGGGAAUUUUGGGGUUGGCCAUCGUAAAGAGUUCAAAAGCUGACGUUUCGAGCGUCAGUCCUUCGUCAUCGAAAGGUCAGCUUUUAAGAUCUUUACAGUGUCCAGUUGAUAGUACCAAAUUACCCUGUUAUACGCUCCCACCAACGCAGCACCACAGUUUCUCUAACCCUCGUUCAUAAUCCUUUUUGACCUUUCAAAGGUGGUUGGUUUAGUACUUAUCUUUAUCAUUAUAGAGCAAAACGCUUCUCCACUCCCUAGUUCCAACCAGCAUUCAGCUGUAACCUCGUGCCAGACUUUCCUCAAACCUUAUCUCACUACGUUCAUGGGUGUUUCUUGGAUCGAUCCCCAUAGCGGAUCCCAGGCCAACGCUUUCAAAGCUUACUGAGACAUUGAUACUUAGGAGGGGGCUGGACACUUGUAUGGAGCUAUUCCUUUACUAACUACACUCAUUUUAAUGAUGGUUCAAAUGCAAUCACUCCGAGGCCAAAUUGGCCGGCCAAGAAUGAAGUCAAUGUUCCCAUCUUCAUAACCCCUGCGCUAAAUGAAACAAACUACAACGCCAUGAACUUCUCACUCUGGAAACAAAUCGGCAGACAGAUCCUCAUCAAGAGCAACAUAAACAACUGA